ACCUCGAUCUAACACUCUCGCAUGCAAGACCUUGCAUUCGGUAUCUACCUACUCGUACCCAUUAGGUAGGUAAUCACUUUUGUCCGACAUGUGAAUGACUUCGGAUUUACUGGUCUUUGUACCAUAUAUUUCAAUCGCAUUGGCAAUCUAUAAUGGCGACAGCAGAAACAAAGAAGACUGCUAUUGUAGUUGGUGAGUUCUGCUCCUACUAUAACCACGCAUCUUUUAUUUCUUAAGCUCAUGUUUUUCGGAGUAUAGGCGCGGGCGUUGGCGGUGUUGCAACGGCAGCACGACUCGCAAAAGCAGGCUUCUCUGUCACAGUACUCGAAAAGAACAAUUUCACGGGCGGUCGAUGCAGUUUAAUUCAUCAUGAUGGUUAUCGAUUUGAUCAAGGGCCUUCCCUUUUGCUUCUCCCAAAAAUGUUCAAGCAAACGUUCCACGAUCUCGAUACUUCACUCGAAGAUGAAGGUGUGGAGCUAUUAAAAUGCGAGCCGAAUUACAAUUUGUGGUUUGGGGAUGGAGAGAUGCUUGAGCUCAGUACGGAUGCGAGUAUAAUGAAGAGAGAGAUCGAGAAAUGGGAAGGAAAGGAUGGCUUCGAGAGAUAUCUUCAGUGGCUCGGAGAAGCUCAUCGACAUUAUGAGUUGAGUGUGCGCGAGGUUUUGCAUAAGAAUUUCACAUCGAUAUUCAACAUGUUGCGUCCUAGCUUCCUCCUCAACAUCUUUAAUCUUCAUCCAUUCGAAAGUAUAUAUUCCCGAGCUUCAAAGUACUUCUGGACGGAGAGGUUAAGGCGAGCUUUUACCUUCGGGAGUAUGUAUAUGGGAAUGUCUCCAUUCGACGCCCCUGGCACAUAUUCUUUACUUCAGUAUACGGAACUUGCUGAAGGCAUUUGGUACCCGAUUGGUGGAUUUCAUGCAGUUGUAGGGGCUUUGGUUCGAAUAUGCGAGCGAUUGGGUGUCGAUAUUCAACUCAAUUCACCAGUCACUUCAGUGCUGACUUCUCAGGACGGCAAAACUGCAACAGGUGUCCUUCUAUCUUCGGGCAAAAAGCUCAACGCUGAUAUUGUUGUUAUCAAUGCUGACCUUGUCUAUGCCUACAAUAACCUCUUUCCUUCUUCCAAAUCUACGUCUUAUGCCAAAUCUUUACAGAAGCGAGCCGGCUCUUGCAGCUCCAUUUCUUUUUACUGGGCUCUUUCCAAACAAGUUUCACAACUUAAUGCGCACAACAUAUUUCUCGCAGAUGAGUAUCGCGAAUCAUUCGACUCCAUCUUUGACAGGCAAUCUAUUCCUGAUGAGCCUUCAUUCUAUGUUAACGUGCCCUCACGAAUCGAUCCGACGGCCGCCCCGAAAGGAACAGAUUCCCUCGUGGUUCUCGUUCCAGUUGGCCAUCUUCUAAAUUCCGCCACAUCCAGCCUUUCUCAAGAGAAUCCCGCUGCCGCAGCUGGCUCCGGCAUUGCAAAAGAACAAGAUUGGAAGUCUAUUGUAAAGUCGACUCGCGAAAGAAUAUUGCAAACGAUAGAGUCACGCACAAAAUGUGGACCGCUCGGCCCAUUGAUUAUUCACGAAGAGUUGAAUACACCUAUAUCAUGGGAAUCACGUUUUAAUCUGGACAAAGGAUCUAUCCUCGGCCUGUCUCACUCCUUCUUUAAUGUCCUUGCAUUUCGCCCAAAGACUAAACAUCCCGAAAUCAAUGGUGUAUAUUUUGUGGGUGCGUCCACACACCCAGGAACUGGGGUACCAAUUGUUCUUGGUGGAGCAAAGAUUACAAGUACACAAAUUCUUGAUGAUCUAGGGAUGCAAAUUCCAUGGAUGAACAAAGGCAACGUGGUUCCAGAUGAAGGGGUUGUACAGUGGAAAGGAACGAACAAUUUGGAUCGAAUCGUUAAAGAAAGACCAAUAUUAAGUAAUAUUGGGAUAUUCACCCUGGCUUUUGUGGUUUUGAGUCUUACGAUCGCAUAUAUUAAUAGUAAUUUGGUGGUUGUCUGGGACGAAGAGAUGAAGAAGGGAUGGGGAACUGGAAAAGCGACAUAAUUCACAUCACCAUAUCAGAUAUCCAUGGUUUGCGUUUUCAUUCACGCCUCCACUUUCAAAGUCUCAACAAUUCAUAACUAGCUGGGGGUCAAAAAUGGUUUUUUUCUCGUUUAUAUAGGGCCAGUGUCGGUAGUUUGCAGACCUAGAAUGGUCUACUCAUCUAUGGUUUGUGUCAUAUCGUCGGGGCUACAGUGAGAGUCAAUUCAUUCAAGCAAUAUCUAGCUAAUCGUAUAUUGAGUGUCCAAACGUCCAGUUUUAACUUAUGGAGGUAUCAUAAUGACUUAGUUGGAAGACUUUAUGCCAAAGGAUUGAUCGGACCAAUUGAGUAGUCGAACCUACGUCCGGUAACGAUCUAUCGGGUACUGAUACUUUUGUGUCAUGGAAAGCCCUUUAAUCUCGACAAUAAGACAAUGCUAGCUAGUAAGAUACUUUUGCUUUCGGAAAGGAAGGGAGUGGGUGGGAAGAAAAGUUUCUUUGAUGUAAUGACCUUAAGCUUUCCAGGGAUGAAAUUUCGCGUUUGCGCUCACUGUUCUAGAAGCGAACUGCACCUAUAAAGUAUACUCAUCAUCGAUGAAGUAGCCCUGGAACAUGUUUGGCUCA